AUCGUAUGCGUGUGAUGUAAGGUCAUUCGCGUGAAAAUAUCAGCGAGGAAAAAAUCGAAUUUUUGUGUUUUGUGUGCUAGCUAAAUGAAUUAAGAGAAGAAUAGAGCCAAGAGGAGCUUGGAUGAAAAUUCGUACUCGAGCAAACACACAAAAAGGAAAACCAAAACAAACAAAAGCAACAAACAACAUCAGCCGCAUCAACUAAUAUCAAAUAAAACCACUUAGCAUAAUAGAGUCAAGAUUUCAGCAUCAAUUUAUAACUUCAAAUUUACCAUAAUGAUUUAGUAAGUUAAGCUUAAAGUACAAAAAAAAAAAUUAAAAAUAAAAUAAAAAUAAAAAUAAAGAAAUACAACAACCACAAGAUAUAAAAAUCAAUCAUAAUACGGAGUAAAUUAACAAUAAAAAAUAAAUGCAAAUGACAAGAAAAUAACGAAAAUUUGACAACAAAAAGUCACACCAUACCCAACAACCACAACAACAACAACAACAUCAGCAGCAGCAACAGCCGCAGCAGCAGCAGCAGCAGUAGAAGCAGCAGCAGCAGCAGCGCAGCAGCAGUAGCAGCAUAAUUAAUAACUACAACAAUACCCGACACCAACAACAACAACGGAUCAAUACCAAAGAUGGAGGCAAAAUUCUUGGCUAGCGCUCUUUCAUUCCUCUCGAUAUUUUUAGCGGUUUAUGCUCAAUCACUUGAUAAGCUGGUGCCAAACUAUGACAACGUCGAGCAACAAAUGAAAUUCUACGAAAUCAGAACUCCGUUGGUGCUCAGCUGCAACGUCGUGAAUUCCGAUUCGAAGUCUCCACUUAUAUGGAAAAAGAACAACACCAAUGUGAUGGAGGUCGAUUCCCUGAAAGGUCGUUUCAAAUUAAUUGAACCCGAGAAGAAGUUCAUCAUCGAAAAAACGGAUGCAAACGACGAUGGCACAUAUAGUUGUGAGUUUGAAGGAGAGUCCAAGACUUUCAAUGUGAUUGCCAAAGUUGCUGUACGAGUGCCUUCAAAUACAGCCGUUGUGGAGGGUGAGAAGAUGUCGAUAACCUGCGUCGUUGUGGGAACCGAACCACAAUUGUCGUGGUCCUUUGGCAAUCUAACGCUGACGAACAGCACAGGCCGAUUUGUCCUGAAGGAGGACAACAAGGUGCCGAACGCCAUCCUGACGCUGGAGAAUGUGACAUUAGAGGACAGAGGCGAGUACAAAUGCAUUGGCCGGAAUGCGGCCAAUGAAUACGGAACGAAAAUCGAACUCGCCACCGACACCUCAACUGUGCGUGUUAAGGGCAAAUUCGCCGCCUUGUGGCCUUUCCUGGGCAUCUGUGCUGAGGUGCUGAUUCUCUGCGUCAUCAUUCUCAUCUACGAGAAGAGACGCAACAAGAGCGAGCUGGAGGAGAGUGACACUGAUCCUCAAGAACAGUAAGUUUGUGCCUUCUCUCCAAAACUCAACCAACAAAACACAAACCUACCAACCAACCAACCAAUACCACAACCAACCACCAACAACCAACAACAACAAAACAAACAACAUAAACUGUCAACACCAAAUAUUAUUAAAGGAAAGAAAAGAUCAAGAAACAAACAUCCAAAAAAACAUGAACGUAGCAGCAGAAGAGGAAAAGCUAUAUACUGAAAUUUUAGUUAUAUACUGCAAAUUAAAGACGUUGAAGCUGCAGGCCCAUAUGCAGACUAGACACCACCAUUACCACACAACUACGCUGACGGAUCGGACGAAAAGCCACGUACUUACGGACGUACUGACCACCACACGGACGGAGAAUGAGCAGCAGCAGCUACAACAAUUAGUGAAAUUUUCUUAGUUAACAUUUUCUAAUAGUUACCGAAAUGGCAAAAAAAAAAGGGAAAAUCGAUGAAUUUUUGUGUUUGACGCAAACCGAUACGCGAUAAUUUAAUGAUGUUAAGAGCCUAUAGUUUUUGAUAAUUUUGUAUUAUAAUGAAAGUUGUAUAUGCCAAUGCCUGGAGCGUCGCAAAACUCGUCAGAGAUACGAAUAAUCGUGAAUAUCGUGAAUUAAUUAACGAAUCCCAGGAGAAGUGAAAAGUCGACACAAAACCUAAUCAUUUAGAUUUCUAAUUUCUUCAAAGUGUGUGCUAUAAAUUCGACAACAAAUAUGUAUAUGAGUGAUCGGCAUAUUUGUUUCGUCGUCCAACUCUGACAAACACAAAACGGAAACGGAAACGGAAUGAGAAACAGAAACGGAACCGGAAACACAAAACGAACGCACACAGACAUAAUACUAUCUACAUGCAUACAUACAACCCCCAAAACACACACGCCCCAAAAUUAAAACUUAAUACAAAAUAUGUAGUUCUAUAGCUAUAAAUACUAUAAUUAUAAUUCAUCGUAAAUAUGCCUUAUAAUUUCUUGCUUUCUUCAAAUCGAAAAUUCAUUUUUUUCGCUAUGCUUGUUUCUGUUGCCUAAAAAAAAAAUUAGAAAAAAAAACUAUAAACACAAAACCUGAAGAUAAUAAAAACAUAAAAUUGAAACUUUUCUUAUAUUAUGUCAAAGUCCAGUCCAUAAUAUUAUUAUUAUUAUUACUAUCAUGUAAAAGAAUACGACAAGAAAAUGUUAUCAACUUUGUUUUUAAGUACUUAUUGUUUAAUAAUAUACAUUAAAAAUGAAAAAAAAAAACAAAACACAAAAACAAAUACAAAAACACCGCAAAAGAAGCAAAAGUUUUCGUUUUGCUUUGGAGGAAUAUGAAAACAGAUAUAAUCGUUACUUAUGUAUAUUAAAAAAAAAAUCACCUAUAUAAGCUUAUUAAUUUCUUGGCAGUGAGUCAAACAUACAUGCGAACACACAUAGAAAUGUUAGCUCAACACUUUUGCAUUGAUUUGGAAUUAUAAUUAGAAUUAUAUUUGUAUAUUGUACACAACAAAAAAAAAAGAGUAUUUUACCCCAAACCCCCAAAAGAAAAAAAAAAAACACGCCCCUCAGUACCGCCCCCUCUACUUUGCGCACUUUACGUUUCAUUUUUGUUGCCUCCGUUGAUUUUUUUUUGCUGUGUAUAAACCUGAAUGAUUUUUAAUUCUUUGUAUCUAGUAUCUAAAACACUUGUGCUAUUGUUUACCGAUUAUCUUAUCCAUUAUGAUUUUGUGCGUUUUGAGAUUGAUUUCUACCGAAAUAUAAAACCAACACCAGUAAAAAAAUAUAUAAAAAAUAAAAAAAACAAAAAAAAAAACAAAACAAA